AUGUCAUCAGAUCAACAGCACAUUGUUUACUCCUUAGACACCUGUUCCCACGAUUUCUACAACCAUAGCUGCUUCCACAACAACCAUGGCUCCAUCCACUACUACUUUUGCUACAUCCACUACUACCAUCGCUGCAUCUACUCCCCUGACGACUACAAUUACUCCAAUGACAACCACCACGACUACGACGAUAUCAACCACAACUACUACCAUGACAACAACAACUAUUACGACGAUAUCAACCACAACUACAAUGGCAACCACAACUACUACGACGAAGGCUACCACAACUACUACGACGAUGGCUACCACAACUACUACGACGAUGGCUACCACAACUACUACGACGAUGGCUACCACAACUACUACGACGAUGGCUACCACAACUACUACGACGAUGGCUACCACAACUACUACGACAAACACCCCUACCACUGCUACUCCUACGGGUGCAUGCACUGGACCUGGCAGAAGCUGUGUUGAUGAAUGUCCUCCGGGCAACGAACUUCCUUUGCUCACCUGCCCUGCCACUACUGUUGUUCAAGUU